CGCGAGCACAGGAGCCAUUGGAUCCUCAUAGCCCAGAUGCUUCAUAACCGUUGGAUAACUGAACUUGGAUAGAGUCAUGUAACAGGUUCAGAACCCUGACAUCCGAUUCCGGCCACGACUCCGGUAUGGGAUUUCUGGACUGCUCGUCCGAGUCGAGUUCGGCUCCCACUUGUUUCAGCCGCCAUGACCCUUGAGCUAUAUAAGCAGGCCCCGGUUCCGCUCUAGGAGCACAGCCUGCGACGUUCUCGCACUCAAUCAAAUUACUCAUCAGCGUCCAAGUUCGUCCGCUGGUGUACGCGCAGCUAGAGUAGACAUGGCCACCGCCGUGAACGAGCACGUCCUGCUCAGCCAUCCCGACAAGCUGGUCCUGCUCGCCGAGAUCCCGGCCGCAGACUCGUGCGGCUCGUCGCAGCCCGACGUCACGUUCCGGCUGCUCGUCGAGCAAUGCAGCGACUACGGCGGCGGCCCCGUGGACGUCGACACGAUGGAGGACGUGUCCUGCCGCGUGCCGCUCCGCGACCUGGGCCGCCGGGGCGCCGCGGACCGGGUGUUCACAGACCUCGUGGCCAGGCUCGACAACCCGAUGAUACGCCCGGAGGUCGCGAUGGAGGCCAGGAGGGCGGCGGAGCGCGUCGGGGCGAGACGCGGCGCGCUCGACGAGCUCGGCGGCAUGGAGUUCCGCCUCCGCGUGGUGUUCGUAGACGAUGACGCGUCCGAGGAGCAGGCAGCGUCGGACGACGACGACGAUGAGAGCGGGAGCGACAUGGAGUUCGGGGAAUUCGACCUGAGCGGCGCGCGGAGCCUGCACGGCCAGCGGGCCGUCGCCGCGUACGAGGACGACGACGAUGACGAGGACGGCUGCGGCGCCCAGUUCACGGUGCGCCAGUACCGCGGCGCCCGCGCGGGGGAGGGAGCGAACCUGCUGCUGUCGGGCUUCGAGGCGCGCUCGGACGGCCCCGAGCUGACCGAGCAGCACGAGCUGACGUCGCAUGACAUGCACCGCCUCGUGCACCUGGCGCUGGAAGGGGGCGCGAGCAUGGAGGACGACGAGGCCUACCAGCGAGCGCUGGCCGGCGGCACGGCCGUGUCCCGGGCGUCGCGCGCCGCCAUGGUCGACCAGGCGCUGCAGUCCGCGAGCCAGCAGCAGCAAUCCAAGUCACCGAGCCCGAUCUUUCCGAUGCGUUCCGGAUUCUGAUGCCUGCCGGAUUGCAACAAACUUUCCUUUUUACGCGUCUUUUGGUUGGA